ACGGAAGGUAUGCGAAGAAAAGUGAGAGGAAAAUAUUAUAAAAGCAACACGAAGCGAGAGAAAGAGGGGCAAGCAGGACACAGUAUGGCGUUGUUUCCCUUCUGCAAGACGCCCACAGGACCGGUCAGAGUGACCAGAAUACAACUGGUCCUGUACUGUUUUCUCCUGUCUCUUAUCAUAUAUUUUCUCCAUGGACGUGAGGCGGCUGCCGGUGUGAAGCCGUCACAUCCUAUCUUUAAUGCCAUGGGAAUGGACAGAGGAGGCGUUAUAACAGACAUGAUGGUCGUCAAAGCAGCGGUGCCACAAACUCCUGUGGAGACACCGUGGGGCGCUCCUUUAGUGUGGGGUGACACCCGCAACUCCGCCUGGCGCAGAGCUAAAUUGUCACAACAUGGAAUCCGCACAGGUCUGCUGGUCCUCAUGGUGGGAACGUACAGCCACUUCAUGCGACGUUUCCUCUCCUCAGCUGAAACCCACUUCCUCCCUGGUCAGAUGGUCACCUACUACAUCCUCACAGACAGCCCCCAUUCUCUGGAUCCCCCUGUCAAGUUGGGGCCUGAACGAGAGCUGAAGGUGGUACCCAUCGCAGAGCUGCCCGGGUGGGAAAGGCUGGCCUAUCGUCGCAUGGCCCUGGUCUCCGACGCCAUCAGAGACCAGAUCGGCAGCGAGGUUGAAUACGUCUUCUGCGCUGACAUUGACCAGGAGUUUGUGGCCCCCGUGGGGGAGGAGAUCCUCGGAGACCUGGUGGCCACAUUGCACCCAGAGCUCUAUGGGAUGCCUCGAAAUACAUUUCCUUACGAGAUCGAAGAGGCCUCAUCUGCUUGUGUGGAUGACGACGAAGGGGACUACUACUACACCUCGGAACUGUACGGCGGGUUGGUGUCUGAGAUGUACAGAAUGUCCCGCGCCUGUUCCAUGCUCAUUUUCCAAGACCAGGCAAAUGGGGUGGUGGCGAGGGGCCUCGAGGAGAGCUACUUGAACCGCUACCUGAUCGACCACAGGCCGACCUGUGUGCUGUCUCCAGAGUACAGCUGGUGGGACUCGGCCCUGGCUGCUGAUGUGCCUGUACAGAGGCUGGUCUCUUUGGGAAGACAAUGUGAGUCUUAUGAUAAACAGACGAGAGAGGAGAGGAGAUGCUGAAUAACCGGUGGGUUGCGCUGGCUCAAUCCACCAAAGUAUCUCGCAUAUAUAUGAAGAACUUGUGUUUUACGUUUCCUACGGAGAAGGCUCCUGGUAACACAAGCAAGUAGUUUUAAAAGAAAACACAUAUUCCAAUUAAAUGUUCUGUUCUAUAAAUGCAGUCUGCAAACAGGCAGAUGCAAACUGUAAAACCUUCUCUCAAUUAAAGGCCCAUUUGUGUGAACAGCACCUCUGUGUGGCUGCUAUAUCUCCCACUGCAGACAAAACAACAAAUUGACCUGUCUCUUUAAACCAAGCACUGUCCUCUCCAUUAAUGUCAGCCCAGGAGAUACUGCUCCGGCAGCUUUGUGGUCAGCAGCGAUAAGAGUCAACAGUGUGAGUGCACACUUUCCCCACAGUGGCCAAUCAUUAACUGGAAGGGCUGCUGUUUCAAGGUCUUUAAAUGCCAGGUGGGGACAGAAUGGAUACAACAAGAUGCUGCUGCUGUCGGGUUACAUGAGCAGAAGCUGCCAUGUUUGAAGAUCAGCAAACUGAGGAAUCUGGUUCACGAUGGGCUGAAGUAAUUUCCCAUUGAAAAUUGUUGUUUCCCCCCAUUAUGAAUUGGAGUAAAAUAAGUCAAACUUG